UAAAUAACAUGGAUAAUCUGAAGCAAAUGCAAGCCUUAAAGGUAGAAAAGGGUGAUGGAUCUCAUCACACUUAUUCUCAAGAUGAAGUAUCAUCCUUUUGUGAUCACAUCAAUUACUACCUUAGAGACGAUAAGGAUGUUGCUGACAUUUUACCAUUGGAUCCAGAAACAAAUGAUAUGUUUAUCAAAGUGGGAGAUGGUAUAUUGUUGUGUAAAAUCAUCAAUUUGGCAUAAAAUGGAGCAAUUGAUCCAAGAGCCAUAAAUGUGAAGAAGCCACUCAACAUCUUCAAUGAAAAUGUAUUAAAGAAUAAUAUAUAUCCAAUAGAUCAACUUGAAUUUAGCCAUCCAAUCAGCUAAAUCAAUCGGAUGCGUUGUUGUUAAUAUCAGACCUGACUUAAUCAAAGAUAAAAGAGAGCACAUUAUUCUUGGAUUGGUUUGGUAAAUCAUUAAGGUAAUAUUAUUCCAUAAUUUAAUAGAUUUAAACAACAAAAAUGGUAAAUUUGAAAGAAAAUCCAUUUUUGAUAAGACUCAAAAAGGAGGAUGAAGAAAUUGGAGACAUUCUUAAACUACCCCCUGAUUAAUUACUAUUAAGAUGGUUCAAUCAUCAUUUGAAGGAAGCCAAAUCUCAAAGACAAGUAAAUAACUUUGAUAAGGACUUGCAAGAUGGUGAAAACUACAUAGUCUUGCUCAAUCAAUUAGAUAAGAAUAGAUGCAGUUUGGAUGGACUUGGCUAAGAUCCUGAAAACAGAGCCAAAAUUAUUAUAUUAAAUGCUGAAUCCAUUGGUGUUCCUAAAUUCAUGAGACCCAUCCAUAUAGUUAAAGGAAAUUCAAAAUUGAACUUGUUGUUCUGUGCAUAAAUUUUCAAUGCUUGUCCUGGAUUGACCCCAAGUCAAGAUGAUUAUGAAAAAACUAAAAUGUUACAAGAAGAUGAUGAUCCUGAAAGCAGUAUGGAUGAAAGAGUAUUCAAGAUGUGGAUCAACAGUCUUAACAUAGAAGAUGGAUAUAUCAAUAAUUUGAUUGAAGACAUGAGAGAUGGAAUCAAUCUCAAUAGAUUGUUAGAAAAAUUAAAGCCAUAAACCAUUAAUUGGAGGAAUGUUAAAAUCCCAGCCAAAUCAAGAAUUAUUAAAGUUCAAAAUGCUAACUAUUCUUUGGAAUAAGCUAAAACAUUCAAAAUUACUCUUGUCAACGUAGGUGGAGUUGACUUUGUAGAUGGAAAGAAGAAACUCAUUUUGGGUGUCAUCUGGUAAUUAUUUAGAUUAGAUGUCUUAAAGGUAAUUGAUUUUAUCAUUAUUCAAUAGACUAUGGGAGACUAAAAGGAUGACCAAAUCUUAGAGGCAGCCAAUAAGAAGGUCCCUGAAGCUGAAAGAUUAGCUUCAUUCAAGGAUCCAAAGGCUAAGACAAGUCAUUUCUUCUUCAGACUUUUGAAUUCAAUUGAGGCAAGAGCUAUUGAUUGGGACUUCGUUUAAAAAGGUAUUUAUAGUUAAUCAUUCAAUUCUUAAGGUGAAACCCCAGAAGAAAUUGAGAGUAAUGCCAAGUAUGUGAUCUCAGUUGCUAGAAGAUUGGGUGCCACAGUAUUUUUAAUUUGGGAAUAAAUAAGAGAUGUAGACCAUUUCAUUUAUCAUUACUUAGGGCAAAGCAAAAAUGUUAGCAGUUUUUACAGCUUCCUUGUUGCAUUUUGCAGAAGAUUAUAAAGCCGCAAAACUAGGACAUGCCGAAUGAACGAUUAAUAAUAUUAAAUAAGUUUAAACAUUGUAAU